UGACUUGAGGCGAGGGCUUGCAGGAGAUUGAAUAGGAAGGUGGCAGAGACGCUGUGAAUAUUUACUUUUUUUAAAAAUCGAUUUAACCACACGACCAAAGUAUAUUACAAUACAGAAGGGUUUCACGCAUAUUUGUGAGGAUAUAUCGCCGGAACAAGAUGGGUAGCUGCCUUACAGUUGGACCAAAUGAAGCCGUGGUUGUUUCUGGUGCCUGUUGUGGCUCAGAUGAGAAGACCUACAUGGUGGGGGGCUGGGCCUGGGCCUGGUGGCUCAUCACUGACAUUCAAAGGAUUACACUGGAGAUUAUGACACUCCAACCUAAGUGUGAGGAUGUUGAGACUGCUGAAGGGGUCGCCAUCACUGUCACUGGGGUGGCACAGAUCAAAGUGAUGACAGAUCAUGAUCUUUUGGCAAUUGCUUGCGAGCAGUUUUUGGGCAAAUCCGUCCCCGAAAUCAAAGGAGUGGUUUUGCAAACCUUGGAGGGACAUUUACGCUCAAUUCUAGGCACACUGACAGUGGAGCAAAUCUACCAGGACAGGGACAAGUUUGCCCAGCUGGUGAGGGAGGUGGCAGCUCCCGACGUGGGCAGGAUGGGCAUCGAGAUCCUCAGCUUCACUAUCAAGGAUGUCUAUGAUAAACUGGACUACCUGAGCUCCCUGGGGAAAACUCAGACAGCAGCAGUUCAGAGGGAUGCAGACAUCGGUGUGGCAGAGGCAGAAAGGGAUGCUGGGAUAAGAGAAGCGGAGUGCAAGAAAGAGAUGAUGGAUGUCAAGUUCCUGGCCGACACCAAGAUGGCCGACUCCAAACGAGAACUUGAACUGCAGAAGGCUGCUUUCAACCAAGAAGUCAACACCAAGAAAGCGGAAGCUCAGCUGGCCUAUGAGCUGCAGGCAGCUAAAGAACAGCAGAAGAUCAGGCGGGAGGAGAUAGAGAUUGAGGUGGUUCAGAGGAAGAAGCAGAUCACCAUUGAGGAGAAGGAGAUUGUCCGCACAGAGAUGGAGCUCAUCGCCAUGGUGAAGAGGCCUGCCGAGGCAGAGGCAUACAAGAUGCAGCAGCUGGCUGAGGGACAGAAGAUGAAGAAGGUUCUGACGGCCCAGGCGGAGGCAGAGAAGAUCCGGAGGAUAGGCGAGGCAGAGGCCUGCUCCAUAGAGGCUAUAGGGAAGGCUGAGGCUGAGAAGAUGAGGCUGAAGGCUGAGGCCUACCAGCAGUAUGGAGAGGCAGCCAAGACUGCUCUGGUCCUGGAGGCCCUUCCCAAGAUUGCAGCCAAGGUGGCGGCACCGCUGGCCAGGACCAAUGAGAUAGUCAUCCUGAGCGGGGAGGGCAACCGUGUGACUGGGGAAGUGAAUCGCCUCCUGGCUGAACUUCCAGUGUCCGUCAACGCCCUCACUGGAAUUGACCUAUCAAAGAUCCCACUACUGCAGAAGAUGACCUAUGCUCAGGCCUGAAAACAAUCUCUCUCUUCUACUCCGAUAUCUGUUUUAUGCACUCCCAUAGACUGCCUUCAAUACACUUGAAAUUAUUAUAUAUAUAUAUAUAUAUAUAUAUAUAUAUAUAUAUAUAUAUAUAUAUAUAUAUAUAUAUAUAUAUAUAUAUAUAAAAAAAAAAUUAUGAAGUGGAUUUUUUUUAACCUCUGGUGCCUUAAUUUCUACAGGACCAGAAUAUCUGCAUGUACUGCUGCUCCUUUAUAUACUCUAUGUAUCUUUGAGUUCACUACUUUUUCAAUCAUGGAAGCCUUUUACAAUAAGUAGAUCACAUGGGAUGCAUUGUUAUCAUUUAGCAUGAACUGAGCCUUUUUUUGUUUAACUCAUAUACCUCUCUAGUCUCUACCUUACCAUGUAAUUUCAGUGAACAGUUAGCUGUUAAGAAGAGCAACCUCAGUGAUUUUCUUCCAAAGGUGUACUCACCUUGCCAAUUAUACACUUCAUGAUUACUGAGUCAUUAUCCAUUCUUGCUAUCACGUGAUUAUUGUAUAGGUUAUGGAAGUUACUGUACUCUAAUGUAUAUAACUUUUCAUUUAACUGAUUUAAUUUGUAUCCUUUAUGAUGAGUUAUGGGUUUUCGCAAUCAGGUGAUAAGUUGUAUGAAGUGCUACAUAAAAUAAGGUGCUCACUGCUUACUAUCCUCAAAUUUAUUUAGGCUUCUACUUAGUCAAAGCUCUGAGUAACUGGGAAUUCUUCCCACUCAAUAAGCAAUCAUGUGUUUUCAUUUAGUUGUAUGUUGUAAACAAUACGUGUAGUACAUUAUUCCUAACACACUUUCAUUUAUAGCAACAAUAAUGGCCUUUUUUACUAAUCACAGAAACCUGAUUGCCAGACCUUUAUUUCUUUGGCUACGAUGCAUCUUUCUGAAUUGGCUCAAAGUAAGUUGAAGUACUGAAUUGACUUCAAGUUUGAGGGAGAGAUUAUGAACUUUAUGAAUGCUAUGAUCCAGGGUAAUUUAUUGAGAGAACUCCGACCUGGAGAAGGUUCAGUAUGUGAAAUAUUGAAGGGUUUUUGAGUCCAAGAAGAAGUAAAAUGGCGUUACUCAUAGCCAAAUACUAGUCAUUGCACCUUAUCAUUUUUUAUUAUACACGAGUUAAAAAAAUAAAUAAUAAUGUUUAAGAAGUGA